AUGCCGGCUCACAAUGGUGGCGACGAUUUCUUCUCCGAUGAUGAGUUGGACAAUCUGCCAAACCACUAUCUCGACGAGUUGGAGACCAAUGCAAUUCAGUUCACCCAGGCGCAGACCCAAGCCGGCAUCUCGAAGCCCGCGGCCAUAAGGGUGCCUCCUUCUUCAGACUACGGCGAUGAUAUUGAUGACGAGGACCUUGACGAUGCCGUGGUUAUUGACGAGUCAAGAAGCACCCCAGCCAGAGCUAUUAUCCCAGCUCUGCAACGAAAUAUCCCAGGCCAGUUAGCCCAGAGGCAAGCCUUGCCCCAGCAACGAUAUGGAACGAUCAGCAACCCUCAUUCUACCAUAACGUACCCACAAAGAAAUAAUGUCGGCCCCCCACCGCUCUUCAAUCUGCCAAAUCCGACCACCUCGCGGAUUUCUAUCCCACAGAAUGAGUCAAUGGUCGUCGAACAGGAUCCAGAUCCAGGAGGCAAGACCCUGCAACUACCACACACGAAAUAUACUAACAUAUUGAAGCUGCUAAAAGAACGAGAUGCUUUAAAAUCGGGCCUCAAUGCAAAGGCGGGCGAGAUUGCCAUUGUUCGGAGCAAGCAAGAGAAGGCCGCGAAGCAAUAUGAGCGUGAGAUGGCUGCUCUUCGAAAACUCAACGAGGACAAAUUAGCGAAACAAGAAAAGGCUCUCGAGGCUGCCCGAAUAGCGGAGAAGAAUGCUGCAACUGAACGAGAAUUCAUUAGGCGGGAUUUGGCAGAGGAGACCGAAAAAGUCCGAAGGAUGAGUAAAAUUAAGGAAGCGGAGACAAAAGGAGCUCUUCUGACCACCCCGAAGAAGAAGAAGGCGCUUCCGCACAGGGAUGGGUUUGAUGACGAUGAAAUUGAGUUCCUCUCUCCGUCCAAACUCUCCCCUUCAAAAUUCCAAAAGAAGGUAGCGGGCUCUCCAUCUCGGGUAGGCAGUAAGCGGAGACGGAAGACUGUCGAAAGCCCAAUUGCUGCAUUGGAAGUGCAGGUGGAUGACGAACCUACGGAAAAGCCUGAGGCCAAGAACUUAGUGUUUGAUGAAUCGAUCAUAGAUAGCUUGAGUAGGCAGGAUGAUCGAUUUGAUUUCCUUGGAACUAUGCUAGACCACCGACUCAAUCCCGACCAUCUUCGAACGGUGCAAGAGCUGGAUAAAUAUGCGCUGCCGUCCACUCCAAAGGAAUCCUUUCAGUCCGUCUUGUUGGGAAAGAUACCCGUACUGGGGCUCAAGAAGUCUCAGAAAGCUCUUCCGAUCGACUUUUGCGAACUUUUGAUAUCAAUGUGGUCAAGUUGCAUGAAGGAGAAAUAUCUCGCACCAAUCUACCUCCUUAUCGAUCUGUUGACUUUCGCCUUGGAGCUGAAGACCACUUCGGUUGCUCCUCAUAUUACGGAUUCAAUUGUUCCGCUCGCCCAGCUUACUGCAGAUCUUGUGGUUAUACCGCGCUUCAAGGGACAUUCGACAGAGGCCUACGAUAAAAGCGUGAACGUAUCAUCGUGCCUAGCUCUGCUUCACCUUGUGGCGCUUGGAUGCAUGCCCGAGCAAGAACAUAUCACCCGAUUCUGGAAGUUCAUGCGUUACGAUUUUGUUCUCGUUAUGCUUAGUCCUAACCACCCGACUCCGGAUUUUGAGAUGAUGCUACCCCUACUUUCGACUAGUGUGUUCAGAGACAGUUUUGGUGCCAUCACGGUCGAGGGCAUACCGGAACUACAAGUCGUCGACAAUAUUUUGGAAAGGCUCACAUAUACCCUCUUCGAAAUUCCACCCUUGCCGGGAAGUUCGGAGAAAAUGGAACUGGGUGCCCUAUCCAAACUUCGCCUUAAUGUUUUACAGCUCAUGACCAGUAUGACUCGAUCAUCUUUCGCAAGUCGGGCCAUGGCAAUGCAUCCCCUUACGAUAGGUAGGCUUGUUAGCCUCAUCAGCGACGAGCUGGAUGAUUUGUACGACUACAAAGCUCGUCACGAGGAAAGUGCCCGAAUUAUCAGUCUAGCAACACGAUUAUUAUAUCACAUCGUCACAAGAUUCGGCGACGAUAUCGACAUACAAAAGAAACUCGCCGUAAUCCGCGGUGGUUCGCAGAAAUACCUCCUAUCUCUUUCCCGGUUGAAUUUCACGGAGGAUGACCUGUUGCUGGAAUCGGGGAUUGAUCCAGAUGUCGCGGCUUAUGCGUUAGAGAUGCUUGAGCGCGUCGUUACGCCUGAGGAAGGAGAUGCCAUACAUUCGGCAUUCUCAACUUCUUAA